UCUCAAGAGAUAACUGUCUUGCAGAGAUAUCUGUAUUUUUGCUACAAGAGAUCUGAAAGAAAAAAAUGGCAUACAAUCUUCAAUCUCUGAUCACCAUCCUACAGCAAACCCUUCAUCCAGAGCAAACCCACUGGACUUUUGAUCACAACAAACCAAAGCUGGAAUCCCUACUUCAAACAGCUGAAUCUCUGAUGCAGAUUCUUGAAAAGUCUUCACCCACCAAAAUAGCAAGUUUGGAGAGCCAAAUCAGAGAUACGGUGUAUAAAGCGGAGGAUAUUAUUGAAUCACAGAUGGUUCAUCAAAAGCUUUCCCACCCUGAGAGUGAGAGCUUGACCUUUUCCACACCAGAUGUGCAGGAAGUCAUUCAAGAGCUUGAUUCUGCAAUGGUGAACAUGGCUGAGAAGACGAUGAGUUCAUCAUCGAGUGAUUUGCAGCAAGUAACUCAACAACUUGAAACUGUGAAGCUCGUGGAAGUGGAGGAAAAGAGUGCUUUGGUGGGAGUUGAUGCAGAUCUGUUGGAGUUGAAGCAUCGUCUCACGAAUACGGAAACGAAGGUGGAGACCAUACUCAUCAGUGGUAUGGGUGGUAUCGGUAAGUCCGCCCUUGCUCGAAAUCUUUAUAACGAUCCAUGUAUUGUUUCUCACUUUGAUUAUCGCGGUUGGGCCGCAAUUUCACAAGUUCCCAAUAAGCGGGAAAUUAUGUUAAGUUUACUUCGUGGCCCGGAUGAAGAGGUUUGUUGAUGGGACAGGAAGAUUAUGAGUUGAAACAAAUAUUGCGUAAGAGAUUGUUUGGGCGAAGAUGGAUGAUUGUGUUGGAUGAUAUAUGGAGCACGAGCACGAAUGUCUGGGACGAGAUAAGAAUGUCUUUCCAGGAUAAUAA